GUCGACGUCGACAUUCUGCAGACAAAGAUGGCGGUGCGGAAGAAAGACGGCGGCCCGAACGUAAAAUAUUUCGAAGCGUCUGAUACAGUCUCGCAGUUCGACAAUGUUCGCGUUUGGUUGGGCAAGAAUUAUAAAAAGUACAUCCAGGCGGAGCCCCCCACCAACAAGUCUCUGUCCAGCCUGGUGGUCCAGCUGCUGCAGUUUCAGGAGGAGGUGUUCGGACGACAUGUCAGCAACCCACCUCUCACCAGGUUGCCGAUGAAGAGUUUCCUGGACUUUAAGUCUGGCGGGGCUCUCUGCCACAUUCUGGCUGCAGCCUACAAGUUCAAGAGUGAUCAGGGCUGGCGCAGGUUUGACUUUCAGAAUCCUUCUCGGAUGGACCGCAAUGUAGAGAUGUUCAUGACUAUCGAGAAAUCUCUAGUACAGAACAACUGUCUGAGUCGACCAGUGAUCUACCUGAGCUCUGACAUUGAGGCCAAGCUGCUGGGGAAACUGAAGGACAUCAUCAAGAGGCACCAGGGCUCAGUGACUGAAGACAAGACGUCCAGCUCCCAUGUGGUGGUUCCCAUCCCUGCCAGUCUGGAGGAGGAGGAGUGGGUGCGUCCGGUAAUGAAGAGAGACAAGCAGGUGCUGCUCCACUGGGGAUACUAUCCUGACAGCUAUGACACCUGGAUCUCAGCCAGUGAGGUGGAGGCUGCUGUGGAAGAAGCGCCCAGCCCAGAGAAACCCAGGAAGGUCCAUGCCAAGUGGAUCCUGGACCUGGACCAGUUUAAUGAGUGGAUGAAUGAGGAGGACUAUGAGGUGGGGGAGGGGGGGCCCAAGAGGAAGAGGAUCUCAGCUAAGACCCUGACGGAUGAGGUCACCACCCCAGGGGACGAGCGUCGUGACAAGAAGCCCGGCAGUGCCAAGAAGAGGAAGCGCUCGCCCUCCCCCUCGCCCACCCCACCACCCCAGGAGAGCAAGAAGAAGAACACCAAGAAAGGGUGUGGGCCCACCACCCCGUACACUAAGUCUAAGCGAGGCCAGAGAGAGGAGGAGCCGGAGGAUCUGACUAAAGAUCUGGAUGAACCAUCACCUGUACCUGCAGUGGAGGAGGUCACCCUACCUAAGACAGCCAACACUAAGAAAGACUCUGAGUCAACACCAGUAAAGGGAGGUACCAUGACAGACCUGGAUGAGCAAGAGGAUGAAUCCAUGGAAACUGCAGGAAAGGAGGAGGAGGAGGGCUCUCCGAGUGUGAAGGGAGAGCCGGUGAAAGGGUCGGACCUUCAUGAGGACAACGUGACCGAGCAGACGCACCACAUCAUUAUCCCCAGCUAUGCUGCCUGGUUCGACUACAACAGUGUCCAUGCUAUCGAGCGUAGAGCCCUCCCAGAGUUUUUCAACGGCAAGAACAAAUCCAAAACCCCUGAGAUUUACCUGGCCUAUAGGAACUUCAUGAUUGACACUUACAGGCUGAACCCGCAGGAGUACCUCACCUCUACCGCCUGUCGUAGGAACCUGGCCGGAGACGUGUGCGCCAUCAUGAGGGUGCAUGCGUUCCUGGAGCAGUGGGGUCUGAUCAACUACCAGGUGGACUCCGAGAGCCGGCCCACCCCCAUGGGCCCCCCGCCCACCUCCCACUUCCACGUCCUGGCUGACACCCCUUCCAGCCUGGUGCCCCUGCAGCCCAAGGCCUCCCAGACUCCGGCAGCCCAGCAGAUUCUGUCCUUCCCAGACAAGGUGAAGGAGAAGCAGCCAGCCGACCUGCAGAACUUUGGCCUGAGGACAGACAUGUACAGCAAGAAGACUGGGCCUCCUAAGAGUAAGACUGCUGCCAGCGCCAUGCGAGACUGGACCGAACAGGAGACACUACUGCUGCUAGAGGGUCUAGAGAUGUACAAGGAUGACUGGAACAAGGUGUCGGAGCAUGUGGGCUCACGCACCCAGGACGAGUGUAUCCUGCACUUCCUGCGUCUGCCCAUCGAGGACCCAUACCUGGAGGACACGUCCUCGUCCCUGGGCCCCCUGGCCUACCAGCCCGUCCCCUUCAGCCAGGCAGGCAACCCCGUCAUGAGCACCGUGGCCUUCCUGGCGUCCGUGGUGGACCCCCGCGUGGCCUCCGCAGCCGCCAAGUCUGCCCUGGAGGAGUUUUCCCGUAUGAAGGAGGAGGUCCCAGCAGCACUGGUGGAGGCCCAUGUGAGGAGGGUGGAGGAGGCAGCGCGGACCAGUGGCAGACAGGACCCCCUCUACGGCCUGGAAGGCAGCGGCAUCGCAGGCACCAGCCUGGAGGAGGGAGAAAAACCUGAAGAGAGCAGUGAGGAGAGUAAAAGUGACAGCCAAUCCAGUGAGGAGAAGAGGGAGACCAAGGAGAACAAAGAGGGAGCCAUGGAAGAGGGGGAGAAGCAAGGAGAAAACGGGAAGAAGGAGGAGGAGAGAGGGAGAGAGGGAGAAGGAGAGGGAGAGACUGAGAAGACAGACUCGGAGAUGGGUGAUGGAGAGAAGGAGAAGGAAGGGAAGGAGGGCUCUGAGGAGGGCCAGAGAGAAGGAGAGAGUGAGGGAGAGAGGAAGGCGAAGGUGGAGCGGGAUGUGGGAGAGGGGAACCUGGCUACCGCUGCUGCCUCCGCCCUGGCUGCUGCUGCCGUCAAAGCCAAGCACCUGGCUGCGGUGGAGGAGAGGAAGAUCAAGUCUCUGGUGGCUCUGCUGGUGGAGACUCAGAUGAAGAAGCUGGAGAUCAAACUUAGACACUUUGAAGAGCUGGAGACCAUCAUGGACCGAGAGAGGGAGGCGUUGGAGUACCAGAGGCAGCAGCUGCUGGCAGACCGUCAGUCGUUCCACAUGGAGCAGCUGAAGUAUGCAGAGAUGAGGGCGCGUCAGCAGCACUUCCAACAGAUCCAGCAGCACAGCCAGACUGGAGGCCCACACUCCGCCCCGGCCCCCACUGGCCCUCCACCCCAGGGCCCCUCAGCCACCCAGUCCCAGCCAACCCUCAGUACCCCUGCACCACAGCCAGCUCCCAGCCCAGCACCCCCUACCAGCUCCAUCCCUUCCUCUGUCCAGCCCGCGGAGCCCCAGCCGCCCCCCAGUGGUCCUCACACCUCACCUCCCCGCCCGCCAGGCCAGCCCCCCACGGCCCACUCCAGCACCACCCCAACACUCCACGAGCCUAGUGCCCCUCUACCUGAGGAUACACACCACUCCUCAGCCCCAGUUCCCCCUCCACAGUGAAAAGAAAGAGAGGGAGGGAGAGGAGAGAGGGAAGAAGAGAGCGAGAGAAGGGUCCUGGCAAACUGAAUGACAUUGACCACUUUGUACCUAUGAAUCCUGCCUGUUUCAUCUAAAAAUGAAGAAGUCAAACUGAAGGACAUAUAACAAACUUUGAUCAUGUUUAACAUUUUGAACGAUUUACAUGAGAAAGAAAAGCAAAACAAGAACAUUUCACUGAAGUCUACCUUACCUUACCAGAGUGACUAUAAAGAUCCCCUCAACUAAACCUAUGUGUUACCUUACCAGAGUGACUAUAAAGAUCCCCUCAACUAAACAAGAAAAUACCAAUGAAGAACUUUGUCGGUUUUCAAACUAACAGUCCCCCAGUCAUUUUUCCAGACAUAAGUUGCCUAAUGACUUUCACCUUUCACAUCAGAGCCCAAGGUUAAACCAAGAGAGUAUGGUCAUGUAAAUACACCACUUGACCUGAGGAUAUGAAGAGAACUUAAAGACUUGUCUGAGCAGUCCUUUGACCAGUGGUGCUUUGGUGCUUUCGUUUCCUGUUAUAGUUUACUGAAGUCAGAUGUCCUACCAUGUUCCCAGAGGUACCUACCUACCUAUUCACCCACGGUACCCCUGGUAGGAAUUUAUAAAAGAGAAAAAAAGAUUUGCACUUUGAAAAGAUGUUUCCCCGGUGGCCAUAUCUAGAGACAUGAAGCAUUAUUAAUGGCUCUAUUCAAUCCGCGUCGCAGAAGUUCAGCGUUACGGCGUGAUUGAAAUGUAAAGGCAAUGUUAGCGGAGACUGCAUUCACAGUAAACACUGCAUAUGUCAGCUCAAUCGGAAAUGACCUUUACAUUUCUAUCGCGCAAUCUGUAACACUUCAGCAAUACAGAUUGAAUAGAGCCCUAACUCAAUUGACCUGAAGCACUUAGCUGCUCUCUUGUUUUGAACUUUUACUACGAUGUCAUAGUUUCCAAAUAUGAGAUUCUCAGUCCUAGGUCACCUUAUUUCAUUGGAUUGGCUGCUUGUUGCCCUAUGUGUGUGAAUGUGCUGUUAUAGAGCAUUGGGGUUGGUCUGUUGGUUAGAUGUAUCCUAAACUAAAACAAAGUAUGUGUUAGGGAAAUGAAAAAGGAUGAACGAAUGGUAUUACUCUUUUGUAAUGAUAUGUAUUCCACUUGGAGACCGUCUCAUCUUGCCCUACUGCCAUUUGUUAUUAAGACUAUGUACUGUAAACUGGAUUUUCUGUUACAAAUGUUUCACUCCAAUUGGAACAGAAAAUCCCUCCAUGACUGAGCAUUAGAAACCACUUAAAGUAUUGAUGAAGGGCCACACCCCCAGAGUCAGAGUGCCCUCUAGGACACAAUGUCCUAAAAGGCCUUAUUUGAACUGUAUUUUGAGCUCGAUUCAAUCCAUAUAGCAAAUGUUCAGCGUUACGGUGUGAUUGAAAUGUAAAGGCAAUGUUAGCGGAGACUGCAUUCACAGUAAACACUGCAUAUGUCAGCUCAAUCGGAAAUGACCUUUACAUUUCUAUCGCGCAAUCUGUAACACUUCAGCAAUACAGACUGAAUAGAGCCCUUUGUUUUUUAAGUUUAAGAUCUGAAGCACUUCUGAAACAGUUGCACAUGCUCAGAGCAGAGCAUAAGUCUAGCAGUAACUGCACAAAUAAGAUGGUGUUUGUCAGCAUAUCCAGUAUGGCUAGUCAGUAUCAGUGAAUCAUACCAUUGUAGAGAUUAUACUCUAAAACAAUUACUGGAUAUAGCUCUGGAAGAACCUUAUUGGCAACUUCAAAGAUAACAGGCAUCACCAUCACAACUCUGUUAAUUUUUUUUAUGUUUGCAAUUUUCUCCAUAUGAGUUUGUGGGGUGAAGCCAGAGGUGUGGACAUUUGGAAAUUCACAGAUUUUUAUAGUUUGUUUUGUGUUUUCCAAUGACCUGUCCAACUAGCACGAAGCUGUUAGUGUGAUGGAAGUGGCUUUAAUGUUACAAAAUAACUUUCUAAUUCAAGGAAUCUGAGAAGUCAGUUCAGCUUGCAGAGGAGAAUUGUGUCCUUUAAUAUCUGUAAACAAUAUCUUCUCUAUGUAUCCUAUCUAUUUUUAUAAUAUUUGACUGUCGGGUUUUCCAGUUUUGUUUCUUUGAUAUUAUUGUUUGCAUUUUAUUGCUGUAUUUCAUUAUCUUGUAACCUCUAAUCCCCUCCCUCAUUGUCAUGUGCGUGAUCCUGAUAGGCCUCCAUGACCUUUCAAUCAGUGUGACUGUGAGCAUGGGUGUGUUUCCCCCAGUGUUCCUUCAGUUCAGUUCCAACCAACCCCCUUGUGCCAUUGUUUUGAAUUGUUACAAAGGCUGAGGAAUUGGGAUGCUCAUUGUUCUCAUACAGAAGUACAAAAUGACGACACAGCAACACAUCACACAAACCCACUCCUCUGACAGUGUCGUACAUAUACUUCGAUAAUAAAACUUGUGUCCAGAUAGCCAGUGUUAGAAACUUCACUACAGUCGUGACCAUGGAUGGACUGCUUUGGUCUCUGUUAUUGCAUUGUGUGGAUUUCGUGAUAUGAAAUACAUGUUCAGUUUCUUGUUUCUGUUAGUUUUUCAUGAUUGCUAACGAUAACAAUGAUUGCAUUGAUUAUACAGUAGAAAUGAACCUUUCCUCAGUCAAACUGUUGUCAAAUUAGUGUCAACAGUUGCUCUGCAGUUCGAAUUGAAUUAAAAAAAUAUAUAUAUGCGAAGGUUUUACUUACAAUUUUUUGGGGAAAAUCAAAUAAAUGAAGAUGUGACGUGUA